AAAAUAUAUCCUCCAUCUAGAAAAAAAAUGGCGUAAAACAUUGUCUUAUUGAUGCAUUGCAUACACUACAACAAAGACCCUACCAAUACCAUGACGACACUGCGCACUAAAAAACUGAAAAGCAAACAAGUGAUGAUAGUAGCCUGCAGCCACCCACCAUCUUUCUACAUAACCGUUACACAACGGAACCCAUUCAUCCCCGGUAACCAAAUUCAAAAUCAACACUGAAAAGUGUUGAAAUUGAAACACACAAAAAGUACCAAAAAGCAAAAGAUGGUUCCUGAAUUCCUUUUUUCAAACCCAACUUCCAAAUCUAUUUUAAAUUACUUAACAACCACAAUCACCACCCUUUUCUUCUUCCUCAUUCCAUUGCAUCUCAUUUCUCAACAAAAUCCAAAAUGGGUUCAUGCAUUAGUAAAUGCAAACCCAACAAAAAUUCUCUUAGUCAUUUCAACAAACACCUUCAAGACAAUAAACUUGUUAUCUCACAUCAACCACCACCAACUUCAACAAUUCCAAUUCCAACACCACCAAACAAAAUCUCACAUUUUCAUCCAUCUCCAACUUCUUCAAUUUCCUCCUUCACAUGCACUACUUCAAGUUCAAACACAAUUUCUUCAGCUUCUUCCUUUUCAAGCUCGAAUUCAUCGUCUUUAAGCUCUAAAGAUAGAUCAUUCUCCAAUGAGUUUCUUUGGUCAUGCUAUAAAGAAAAUCCACACAUUAUAACUCGCAUUAACUCGCUCGCCGAAACUAAACCUCAACUUAAAAAGAUCAUAAACCCUUCACCACUAACAAAGCAGAAUAUGCCACAGAAAAGAGUUAGAUCAAAUUCACCAACAAACCUAACUAGACAAAAGAGUUUUCGAAAGGAAGUAGAAUUACCAACAAUGAGGCCUAAUAGAAUGUCCGGUUCACCUUCUCCGGGUCGUAGAUUUAAUGGAAGUGCUUUAACUGUUAAUAUCUCGGAUAAUUGUGUUUCGAAACGAAUGAUUAAUAGUCCUAAGGUUAGUGUAGCUCAUUAUUCACGCUCCGUGAAUUCGACUUCAAUAAGAAAAGAAAGUGGUAAAGCAGUGAUCUCUAGUCCAAAUAACAGUUCGCGGCGAAUUCAUUUUUCUGGUUUAAAUUUGAAGCCAAGAGAGACUGUGGUUAAGGAUGUGGUUUCUAGCAAUAGUCAUAAUAUGGAUGCAACAAUUAUGGAAGAUAUUGAUAAUCCUCUUAUCUCAUUGGACUGUUUCAUAUUUUUGUAGAAAACAGUGUGUUUGUGUUGUGUUUAUACAUAGUUUGAAACCAAUUUGCUAUGUUUGAUUUUUCUUUUUUGGGCUUGUUGAUUUUUGUUGAAUAUUGAAAUUUAUUUAUUAUUACUAUCAUGUAAGGUUGAUGAAAUUUGUGUUGUUACCUUUUAAUUAUAAAGGUUAAAGACACACUUGUGUGUGCUGGUUUGAAUUUUUAUUAUGUACAGUAAAUUUAAAUCAAUGGCUGGAAUUUGCGCAGGACCAUCCACCGGCCGGAGAGGAUCCUGUUCCAAAAAUGAUAUUGUGGCAAUCAAAUAUUGUUGAAGUAUUGGUUAUAGCUUGUUGUUGAAUAGCUGAUGAGAGUUAGUUACAUUACAAGUUAAUUAAUUACACUUAGUUUUCAGUUGCAAUCUGAUUGUAAUAGUUGGAAAUCCCAACAUAUAUAUAACAAUGUAACAGUAACACACUUCAGUUUACUCUUGAUUUGAAUACUAUCUUCAUAUCAGCUU